AUGCAAUGUGCUGCAAGUUACGUCACCAAGCUAGAACAGAAAUUGUCAUCAUCCGGUGGUAGAUUCCAAGCAUUUUCAACACCCGGUUUUUUUCCACCAGCACUUUGGUCUGUUCAACGCUCACCCAAUGAAGCUCUACAGUGGAAACUUUUUCCUCACAAAAAACAAUCUGAAGACAGCCCCAGAUUAGUUUCAAACGGUGUCGCUCAUAUUUCUGGUAAGCCGGUUGAUGAGAAUGUGCAAUAUUCGACAUGCGGCAAGUUUGCCGAUCUUUCGGUAGAUAAGAAGUUGUUGGACAAUAUUGUGUUGUCAAACCUAACUGAUAUGACUCCAGUUCAAAUUCAUACUAUCCCACUGCUGCUGGCAAAUCCAACGACUGCUGAAGACUUCGGUAAUGUUGGCUUGUACGACCUAAUGGCUGCAGCGCAAACAGGGUCAGGGAAAACGCUUGCUUACCUUAUUCCUAUUCUUCACCGAAUUAUGUGUACAUAUCCCUCUGAUUCCAUGAAUGCUCUUGUAAAUAGCGACUAUCAAAUUCAAUUUCCUCUAGCUUUGAUCCUUGCUCCUACUCGGGAACUUGUUCAUCAAAUCAGAUUCGAGACAAGCAAGCUCUGUUACCGAAGCAAUGUACGACCAGUUGGUCUCUUUGGGGGUGAAAAGCCUUAUCGUCAAAUGUCAGAACUCAGUCGUGGUUGUCAUGUAGUUGUUGCAACCCCCGGGAGACUUCUCGACUUCCUUGAACAGAGGCUUCUCAACUUAACAUUCUGCAGAAAUUUAGUCAUUGAUGAAGCCGACCGUCUUCUUGAUAUGGGUUUCGAACCUCAACUGCGGAAAAUAAUCCAAUCUCGCAAAUACGGUAUGCCCGCCGUAGAGGGUCGUCAGACAGCUUUUUUCAGUGCCACUUUCCCACCCAGUGUGGCCCUCUUGGCUCGUGACUUCCUUCGUGGUCCCCGUUGUAUCUCCCUCAACAUUGUUCACGGCGAAACCGCAGAUGAUGGCCUUCUUGUACCCGUAUGGGGCCAAGCUGUCAAGAGAGGCAAACAGGGAGCUGAAGAUGCCUUCAAACAACUCAAAGCUACUGUGCCAAAAGAGAUUGUUCAACAGAUUGAGUGGGUAGAGGACCAGGAACCUAGUCGGGCUGGGCCUUCUAAUUCAAUGCUUGAACGAUUAGUUGAGACUAUCAACUCCUUAGCUGGAUCUCCCACAGAAAUUCCAGAAGGCGAGUCUUCUACAUCUAAAGAGCGUGUACUGGUUUUCUGCAAUACAAAACUCGAGGUAGAGCAGGUGGAUCGUUACUUAAUGAAGCAAGGAUUCAAAUCAGUGGCUAUUCAUGGUGGUCGCUCACAGCAACAGCGAAAUCAUAGUGUACAACUUUUCAAGGAUGGUAGAUUUAAUGUUCUUGUGGCAACAUCUGUAGUUGCUCGAGGUUUGGACUUCCCACGUGUUAAAGGAGUAAUUAACCUCGGUCUCCCUCUGGGUCUUGAUGAAUACGUCCAUCGAAUCGGUCGAACAGGUCGUAUGGGUCAAUCAGGUCGAGCCAUCACAAUUGUCUCCUCCAGCAACAUUCGUGGUGACAAGUAUUUGCAGGGCGUCGCACGUGGGAUCUGCCGUCUCAUUGCUGAUCCCAGCUGUCUCCCCCAGCAAUUCACUGAAUCUGCUAAUUGGCGCCCAGAAGAUGGUAACUCCUCAGAUGAUGAAUCCACGAGCUUUAAUCAUUCCCGUUUCCAAUCUCCCUGUCCUCCUCAACGUCUCAACAACCGUUUUCCACAGAAACGUCACAAUGGCUCAUUUAGACGGGAAGGUGGCGGAGAUUGGUGGAAAGGAAAAAACGUGGGGAAUUUUUAA